AACCCGGAAGAAUGACUUGUUUAUCGUUGCUAUCGUCAGAGACGGUUUAGGAAGAGCAUAUUUACUAACAUUUCUGACUGGUAUCUUAAUGCAAAGAGGACACAAACAUUGGCGGGACCAAAAUGGCAUCCUACUUUGAUGAACACAACUGUGAGCCCACCAACCCUGAGGAACAGUAUCGCCAGAAUGCCUUACUUGAAUUGGCCAGGUCUUUGAUGCAGGGUUUGGACUUAUUUGACUCGGGGGCAUACGACUUAUCAGACUGGGAUCAGCGUCUUCCCCCUCCAGCUGCCAAAACUGCUGUUCAGACCCUCACUGUGGUCAUCAUUUCUCCAGAACAAGCAGACAAAGGUCUCAAGUGUCCUGUGUGUUUGCUGGAGUUUGAAGAACAGGAGACGGUUCGAGAAAUGCCUUGCAAACACCUUUUCCACUCAGGAUGUAUUCUGCCCUGGUUGGGCAAGACUAACUCCUGCCCACUCUGUCGACUUGAAUUACCAACGGACAAUCCAGAGUAUGAGGAGUUUAAAAAAGACAAGGAGAGGAGAAAACAGAGGGAGCAUCGGCUGGAAGAUCUACAUGGAUCCAUGUACACAUGACAUGACAGUGCUGUGGUGCAAGUUUGUGGCACAGUGACAUUUUACAGAAAAUUAUGAAAAGAAAAGCAAGCUUCAGGAAAUGCAUAAGGCUGCAUUCAUGCCAUUUCAUAGAGAAUGUAAAGUAAGGGGGUGGGAACUAACGCCCAUGUCUGCCUCAUAUUUGUACUUCUAAAACAUCUCCAUAUCUCCUAACUGGCCUUAAAAGAACCACAGAACUACAAGCAUUUGUUGGUCUGUCUCAGUAGAAUCCAA